AUGACUGAUAGAACGACUGAUACACUUGUUGAUCAUUUAAGUGCCAAGAGUACGGCUUUGCCAAUGGAAACCAAAACAUAUGAGAAAUUCGAUUUUGAUGACUCCAUCGAAGUGAAACGGAAAAGCAGAAAGGAACUAGGUACCCUGCUCAAAACUGUUCUUGCUCUAGUGGUGAUCGCUAUUGUUGCGACGGCCGUAAUUACUCCAACCGUUCUCUUAACUCGGCCAACAGCACAGUUUACAACUACAUCAACAACCACGAAUUCGUUAGCUAUAUCAUCAACGGUCACUACUACGACACCAAAGACGAUGACGACGAAUACUAGAACUGCAACUACAACUACCACUACAACUGCCACUACAACUACGACUACAACUGCAACUACCACUACCACUACAACUGCCACUACAACUACGACUACAACUGCAACUACCACUACCACUACAACUGCAACUACAACUAAAACGCCUACUCAGCAACUGGUCAUACCCACUAUUUCUGUCAAUGCCAAAUGGGUACAGACUGGCGUGACUGUUGCUGGAGGCCACGGGGUAGGCAGUGUCACCAAUCAAUUCCAGUACCCUCGCCGUCUCUUUGUUGACGAUGACCAAACAAUGGUCAUUGCUGACCAGUACAAUCAUCGUAUCAUUCAAUGGAAGAAGGGUGAUACGAAUGGGCAAGUCGUCGCUGGUGGGAAUGGCAAAGGAAGUGGAUUGAAUCAAUUGUAUGUUUCAACUGAUGUGUUGAUCGACAAAGAGACGGAGAGUCUCAUUAUUUGUGAUCAAUCGAACCGACGAGUCGUGCGUUGGUCUCGUCGUAGUGACACAACUCAAGGAGACAUCGUCAUUGACAGGAUCCGUUGUGUCGGAUUAGCCAUGGAUGAUCAGAAAUAUCUCUACGUCUCUGACGACGACAAACAUGAAGUAACACGGUAUCAACUGGGCGACAAGACUGGAACACUCGUAGCUGGUGACAAUGGUCAAGGUGAUGAUCUCAAUCAACUCAACUGGCCGACCGAUCUCUUUGUUGAUCGACAACAAACUAUAUACGUGUCUGACAGCGACAAUCAUCGUGUGAUGAAAUGGAAUAAAGAUGCAAAAGAAGGCAUUGUUGUCGCUGGAGGUCAAGGCCAAGGGAAUGCUCUGACACAAUUUUUUUCCCUCAAGGGCUGUUCGUCGAUAUAUUGGAUACGGUCUAUGUGUCAGACACGAAUAAUCAUCGACUGA